UUACGUGGGUAAUUCCCUUAUCAGACAAAGGACUAUUCUAUACUGUAGCAACGCAAACGCAUCUCCGCCUCUUGACUUCACUCCGGCUUCUAUGGAUAGGAUGUACAUUCAUAGUGUAAUAAUUGACCCGUACCAAUAGAUUUAUUAUUGCUACUUAAAAAAGAAAUUCUGCGCUUGUACUUUUCUGUCAAUGGCAGCGUAUCUUCUAAAAUGGAGCUUUCUUCUUAUGAUGAUUACGAUGAUGGUCCACACGUUUGUAGUCUUGCGUGGGACAAUUUGGAUUGUUAGGGAUGAGAUGACUGAUUUCCAAAAACUUCGAUGCACAAAACUGAGAGAAAUAAUUUUUUCACUGACAGCGUCAAAAAUUAACACGAAGUCUUUCACAGAGGAUGUACGGGCAUUAAUGAGCUGUCCCCAUGAAUCAAAUAUCACUCAAAGAGAACGCCACAGAGUUGAAUUACGUUCCUGCUGCAAUGCAACAGGGAGCCUGUUUCUUACCAGACAGAACACUCGUGAGGGGCAGAGGAUAAAGUAUGAAACAAACAGAAAAAAAAACAUACUGGUGGAUAAAUCGAUCUUCAAAAUGCUCCCCAAGAGCACCCCAUGGAGGAAUGACAGUCGAUUCCAGCGCUGCGCUGUGGUGGGAAAUGGCGGGAUUCUGAGGAACAGCAGCUGUGGGGCGGAAAUCGACAGUGCAGACAUCGUCCUCAGGUUGAAUAUGGCUCCCAUCAACAACAGCAGAGAUGUUGGAGUGAAGACCAGCCUGGUCACAAUCAACCCCAGCCAAAUUCGAGUUGGCUAUCCAGACCUGCAGAAGCGCCCCCAGCCCUUGGUAGAGCGGGUGUCUGCAUACGGAGAUGCACCCCUCCUUAUGCCUGCCUUUGCCUACACCACCUGUACCGACAUAUCUUUCAAAGUUCACAAGGUGGUACAGAAGAUGCGCCCCAACCAGAAGGUAGUUUUCUUCAAUCCUGAAUACCUGCUGGAACUCUUCCAGUACUGGAAGCACCGAGGACUUGAGGAGCUUCGUCUCACCACUGGGUUAAUGCUGGCGAGCGUGGCCAUGGAACUGUGUGACAGUGUACACCUCUAUGGCUUUUGGCCCUUUGAGUUGGACCUUUUCCAGCACCCAGUGACUCACCACUACUAUGACAAUGUUGGACCAAGCCGUCGAAUGCAUGCUAUGCCGAAGGAAUUUCUGCAGCUGUUGAAGAUGCACUGCCAGGGGUCGAUACAUUUACAGCUGACGCGGUGCCACUGACUACAUGCUCCCUUUGCAUCAUCACUUCAAACUGUUCUAGUCAUCACAGCUGAAUUUCACUUAUGGAACAUGGUCUGAAUAGGGAAGAACUGGCAGAAUUGUAACAAUUUUCACUUUUUACUGAAUUAAUUAGAAGUAGUGCCAUCAAAAGCUGUGAAAUUUCACUAGAAAGAAUGUAUACAGCAAAAUCCUGCAGCAAUGCUCCAACAUCUAUUAUAAAGUCUUCCCAGAAAAGUGGAGGUUGUAUUAGUCGCAACAGGUAGACCAACUCCAUAUUAAUGCCCAUAGUUUUGGAUGAGAUGUUGGAUGUCAGGUGUACAUAUACUUUUGAUCAUGUAGUGUAGUUUUUAAAUAAGAGAAAACUUAGCAACACAUAUACCUGGGAUUUGAAGUUCAACACAAUCCCUGUGUAAAUAUUAAAUGAUUUACUCAUGUUUUGUUCUUGACACUGAAAAUAAAGAACAGUCAAAGGGGAAAGUGCAACAUAUCCCAUCCCCCUUUAGUGAUAAUGUCCAUGAAAUUGGCAUAAAUAGAAUAAAGUCUUUCUAACCUAGAAGAGAGGGUAGACUGCUUCAACAUCACACUGAACCCUAGGGGCUAUUCUGCCCCUUGCUUCAAGGGUAAGCACUACCUGUAACACUCAAGCGGUUUGCUGUCCCUUGGUGGGUUACAGUGAAAGGCUGGAGGAGGAUUGAACUCUGGCUCUAGAUCGUGUUGCAUUUAUUUAGUUCCAUAAAUAAAAGCUGUGAAAUGAGCGCACAGAACAGUAUUCGUGCAUGUGGAGCAGUGAAAUGGGAAACUCCUGUGUGUGACAGGGGAAUGACAGAUAUUAAUGGAAACGAAUAAACACAUCACUGCAACCAUUGUUGUGAGUUCAGAUAAGCAUGGAAACUGUAGGGUGUGGGUGCAUUUUUUUCAUUUCUUCAAUUGUUUUGUUAGGUUCAGAAGGCCAUAAUAGCAUUGUUUGUUUUCAUCACAGAUUAGUGUGAUUCCUUAAAUGUUUUUUUUUGUAAACAUGACUCACCCUUGGAUUAUCUUUGCUUCCGUGCACUAAAAUCAGCUGAGCCUGUAAGUGCUGGUUUAGUCUGACGGGUUGGGAUGGAGGAAAAGGCUCAUUCUCUUUAUUUCAUGUUACGCACCUCCACCGCUGGACAGUCUGUCUGUCACUGUUGUGCCUGUGCAUAUUAGUUUCCCCUCUGGGUUAUUUUCUUUACUCGUUAUUUCCAUUAGUAGCUAGGAUAACACCUAUUCUAGUGGUGCAGUUAGCAGCAUGCGAUGGGGACACGUUUAAACCUUAGCCUAUAGGCUUUAAUCCUGUGGGGUGCUGGCAGUACAAAUGAAUUAAAGAAUUAAUUAUUUAUUUUGUUAAUUUAGUUUUCGUCAUAGGCAACUUCUGGCAGAACUGUAAUUAUGACAGCAAACAGCAUCAGAAAUGCAAUUGGGCUAAUGCAGUUUUUCUUUCUGCCUAAUUUUAAUCUUCAUUAUCAAGGAUCACCAAAUUAUUCCAUGAUCUUCAGCUUAAUCACAAUCGUUUUAAUAUAUUUUAUUGGACAUAAAGUUAAUCUGUCCUCAAUGUGAAGCUUAUACAACUGAUUUGAAACAGUUGAAGAAUAAUCCAAUUUAUAUGAUACAAAUUUGAACAUGGAUAUAAAUAAAUGAUCUUUAAUCAAACUAUUAUUAAGAACUGAAUGAUGCAAUAAUGACAUGUCCAAAUGUUGUUUAAUUAAAAUUAAUUUGUUUUUUCA